CCGCGUAGGACACUCCUGUGGUUUCUCGCUCCUCGUCUCCUCCAGAAGCCUCCUCCCUCCUCGCUCCUCCUCUCCUACAGGUGCAUUAAAGGGAUUAGAACAUCCUCCAUGAUGGCGGAGGGUGAACGAUUUCCGUGUCACUUGAGGAGAGAGGACGCACGGCGGGGCGGGGCAGCAUAAAACCACCCAAGCGAAUAGAGCCACGAAAACUACAAGUCCCAGCAUACCGUGUGGUUUCCCCUCGCGCUUGCCGGGUUUGAGGCACUGUUACGCGUUGCCGCCGCUUUCUUUAAGUAUAUGAAUACUACUUCUGAGAACAAGACAAAAGGUCUUUCAGGUGUUAUGAACAACUAUGAAGUUAUCCGUCAGAUUGGAGAGGGUGCAUUUGGGAAAGCCUUCCUGGUCAGAGACAAAGGGGGAGGUGGAGACAGACAGUGUGUGGUCAAACAGAUCAACCUCAGAGAGAUGUCAGCGAGGGAAAAGGAGGCGUCCAUGAAAGAGGUGACACUGAUGUCCAAGAUGAAACAUCCUAACAUCGUUGCCUUUAUCUGGUCAUUUCAAGAGAGCGGCAGCCUCCAUAUAGUGAUGGAGUACUGUGAUGGAGGAGAUCUGAUGAAGAAGAUCAACAUGCAGAAAGGAGUUGCUUUCACUGAGGAGCAGAUUGUGGACUGGUUCAUUCAGAUCUGCCUGGGCCUCAAACACAUCCACGACAGGAAGAUUCUCCACAGAGACAUCAAAGCUCAGAAUAUCUUCCUAACCAACGGAGGGAUGAAAGCAAAGCUGGGGGACUUUGGAAUCGCAAGAAUGUUGAAUAACACCAUGGAGCUGGCCAGGACUUGUGUUGGGACGCCAUACUAUCUCUCCCCAGAGAUCUGCGAGAGUCGGCCCUACAACAACAAGACGGAUAUCUGGUCUCUGGGCUGCGUCCUGUAUGAACUCUGCACUCUGAAGCAUCCAUUUGAGGGCAGCAGCCUGCGGCAGCUGGUUGGUAAAAUAUGCAAGGGGCGCUAUAACCCAGUGCCCAGCCGUUACUCCUACAACCUUCGCCUGCUGGUCACCCAACUCUUCAAGGUCAGCCCCCGGGACCGUCCCUCUGUCAACUCUGUCCUCAAGCGUCCCUUCCUGGAGAAACAUAUCAGCAAACACCUGGACUUGCAGGUGAUGCAGAAGGAGUUUAGCCACACAGUGUUACAUCAAAACAGAGCUCCAGCCUCACGGGCCUGUACAACAAGGGCAGGAGCGGCACACGCACCAGAGAAGAUACAGAAGUCUAGAGCUGCAGAGAGGCCCAGGCCCGCCAUGAAGAGACUGCCCGCUAAACCAGACUGGAGAGUUCCACUCAGACCCUACACUCCUGCCCCCUAUAAACCCCACCAUCACAGAGCAGGACCCCUUUCUUAUCCUGCAGCUGGAGAAGUUGCUGGGCAGCAGAACCAAAGGUCUGGCCAGCAGCCAGUGAGCCACUACCAGCACUACCACGCUCAGCUGGAUGCCUUUCAGAGGAGGAACAAGGAGGACAUUCCUCCUCCUCCUCCUCCCCCUCCUCAGGAGAGAGAGAAGCAGCAAUGUGAAGACCAUGCUGCUCCUCCUGUGGAACCAUACCAGCUUGUGGCUGCAGCGCGUAAUCAAUAUCUACAGAGGAGACAGGAGGCCAACCAGUACAAGCUGAGAGCAGAGAAACAGCUGGGUCUGCGUCCAUGUACAGCUGAGUGCAACAGGAAGCCGGGUGGUCAGGAGCAGGACGUGGGGCGACACCAACACACACCUCAGGACAGGAGGCGGGAGGGACAGCAGGAGUAUCUGCAUCAGCUGGAUGUCAUCAGACAGCAGUAUCACCAGGAGAUGAGACAGAUAAGGCUGAGAGCUGAAGCAGAGGAUCAGCCAAAUACACAACAUAAACAUGGAACCUUUGUGGUGGAGAAACCCAGAGAGCCAGAACCUCCUGCAGAUAGUAAAGAGCAACAGAAAGCCCCACCUGCACAGGACAUUGAAGCAGCUCUGAGGAAGAUCAGGGAGGAGAACAGAGAGCACAGGAGACUGCUGGAGAGAAAACACAAAGACAAAAGGGGAAUCAUGUUUGAGAUCCGGUUAGAUGACGAUGACGCAGAGGAGGAGAAAGAGGAACAACGGGAGGAGGAGGAGAAGGUGAGUGAUGGAGGACAUGAGGAGGAGGAGGAAGUGGACCCCCUGAACCAGACUCUGAGCUUCCAGGAGGGAGAGGAGUUGAAGCUCAGGGAUUGGUCAGAGGUGAGGAGGGGAUGGAGCCAGAGGACUCCUCAGACUCUGCUGGAUGCACUCGCUAACAUGGAUGUCAACUUUGUCGACAACACUGUGGUCGAGGCUGAACAAGGUGAGGAGGCGGCAGGUCGCAGGCAGUGGGUCGAUGGCCCCCCCAACACCCUCCUGAAUGCUCUUGCUCAGGCUGAACUCACACCAUCAACUCUAGACUCAGUGACUGCAGAUUCAGAGCCAGAGAAGGACAGAGCAGAGGAGAGGAAGGAGGAGGAGGAAGAAGAAGAGGAGAGGAGAGAGGAGGAGGAGCAGGAAGAGGAGGAGGAGGAGGAGGACUCUGAUGUGGAGAUGGAUGAAGAGCGUCCAGAGCCGAGGUCAGAUGAUGAUGACACGAACUUUGAGGAGUCAGAGGAUGAGCUGAGAGAAGCGGUGGCAGACUCCAUGAAGAACCUGUUUGUCAUGGAGGACAGCAGCUCAGAUGAGGCAGAGAACAGAGAGAAGGAGGCAGCAGUGGAUGAUGGAACGGAGCAGAGUGAGGAUGGAGGUGCAGCAGGUGUCCAGACGAGUAGCAGUGAUUGUGUGUUGGGCCCUGGGUGCUUCCAAAACACAGAUGACCUACACUCAACACUGUGCCUGAAUGUGCUGCUGACGCUACACCUCCUGUACUGUGUACAGAAGUCAUAAGUAUUAUUCAAAUCUAUUUAUGAAAUUACUUAUUUUGAUAGUAGAAAGUAGCAAGAUAUGUUAAACUGAGACGUGUUACUUUGAUUUUCCUGUCCCUAGUGUUCUUAACUGCCGAAUAUGGUAAAUAAAUACAGUACUGUGCAAUAGCUUUAGGUACUUUAGAUGUUUAGAUUCAUAUCCAUAAUGCAUCACCAUCAGGGAGGUGACUGAUCAGUCCAAAAUUUAUU